UAGGCCGCCCUCGUUGUAGCUUGUAAAAGUUGCGUCAGCUGCAGGAUACAAUUCUGGUGAAAGUAAUAUUUCCUUUUUUUAAAAGAAAUAACGUUUCGAUUUUGAAGCAGACGAGUUAUUUCACGAGUGCGACAAUUCACCAAGCCUCUGUUAUAUUUGUUGGAAUCAGUGAACUUGAAGAAAGUGCCUGUGGAACGGGGAGAAAAAAGUUUUUGGAACUUUUCUGAAGUUUGUUGCAGAGUUUCCCCGAUCAAUGACGGAGUGUGAAUGAGCGGCUCGCCCUGCAGCCUCAGCGGCUCCUGUCACUGCGAUGUCCCUGGACAGAGGCGAUCCCGCCGCCGCCUUGGAGCCGGGCCCGCCCGGAGACCUCCGCAAAUGGAGCGAGUUAGUCCGCAGCCGGGAAGCGGGCAGCCGGGUGGCGGCGAUGGAGCGAGCGGCCCACACCGUGCACGCCUGCCUUGACCAGCAGCAGCUAAGGGAAGCGGCGGGGAGCCAGCUCCAGCAACUGCUUCUGCUCCUGCUCCGGCUCUCCCGGAGCUGCCCCUUCCCCGAUGUGCAGGAGAGGAGCGAGCACAUCCUGCAGACUGUGCUGGAUCGCAGGGUAAAAAUACCUCGCCCAUUAGGACAGGGUCCAAGUGCCUUCAUUCCAGUCAAAGAGAUUCUGCAGAAAGAUCUAGAAGAUGCUGAGAGGCAGAUCUUUAUUGAAGCUUUUGUCUCCACUGGUCGUGUAGAUAAUGUUACCAUGGUGAUGGGCUUACACCCUCAGUACCUUGAGAGCUUUUGGAAAACACAGUACUAUCUUUUACAGAUGGACGGCCCUUUACCCUAUCACUAUAGACAUUACAUUGCAGUAAUGGCUGCUGCACGGCAUCAGUGUUCCUACCUUGUCAGCCUCCAUAUCAGUGAGUUUCUUCACGUUGGUGGAAAUCCCGAGUGGCUAAAUGGCCUCAACUUUGUACCUCAGAAAAUGAGGAAUCUCAAUGAAAUCAACAAAAUUCUAGCACAUCGACCAUGGCUGAUCACCAAAGAACAUAUAGAGAACCUGCUGAAGACUGGCGAAAGUAGCUGGUCACUCGCCGAACUCAUCCAUGCUGUCGUCCUCCUCACGCAUUACCAUUCCCUGGCAUCCUUCGUUCUAGGCUGUGGGAUCAGGCCAGAGUUGGACCAGGAUGGUGGCUUCACCUUCAGAUCUCCCUCUCCACAAAGUUGUGACUCCGACAGUGCUAGUAACAGUGGCUCAGAAGAGACUGUUAAUGGUGGUGCGAGUAGAGAUGAUUUACACGAGCUGGAGAUUCUAAUAGAGAAAAUGAGACUGCUGCAGGAAGGCAGACAGGAUGAGGAAGCGAGCCAGGAGGAGAUGGCAACGCGAUUUGAAAAGGAGAAGAGGGAAAGUUUGCUGGUUGCGCCUACAGCAGAUGAUAAUGAAUCGCUCUCUCUGACCAACUUAUCAUGCUUUGUUGAAGAUGCAGAUUUUGGGUACAAGGAUUUUAGCAGGCGUGGCGAGCAGACUCCUCCAACGUUCCGGGCUCAGGAUUACUCAUGGGAAGACCAUGGCUACUCUCUGAUUAACCGGCUGUACCCUGAGGUCGGACAGCUCUUGGAUGAGAAGUUUCAGGUUGUGUACAAUUUAACCUAUAACACCAUGGCCAUGCACUGUGAUGUUGACACCUCCAUGUUGCGACGAGCCAUUUGGAAUUACAUUCACUGUGUCUUUGGCAUAAGAUAUGAUGACUAUGAUUAUGGAGAGGUCAACCAGCUUCUGGAGCGCAACUUGAAGAUUUAUAUAAAAACUGUUGCCUGCUACCCUGAGAAAACGACCAAGAGAAUGUAUCUCGGUUUCUGGAGACACUUCCGACAUUCAGAAAAGGUGCAUAUAAACCUGCUCCUUCUUGAAGCCAGAAUGCAAGCUGCACUCCUGUAUGCAUUGAGGGCUAUCACACGCUACAUGACAUGAUUCCGUCAACACUUUCAGGACUGGCCCCAUUCGAAAGCAUCUAUUGACCACCUUCACCUGAAGUGAGCAGCAGUGUGCAAUCAACAGAUUCUUGAUAUUUGACAUUCGAUCUUUUUAGAGUAAAAUUUACAAAUGUGGUUUUUUUUUUGGGGGAAGAAUUUCAGUAUUCCUUUUGCUGUGUUCACUACAUGGUGAAUUUUGGAGAAAGGUUUGAAACGUUGAGUUUAAACCAGAUGCAUAUAAAUAUUCUAUUUGCACCUCAUGGGUGUUAAUGCUAGAGAAGUAAAAGCUUGAAUGUAUUGUAUUAAAUUUAAACUGUGAACCUGGCUGCGCUGUCACAGCACAGACUGUUGUAUGUGUGUAUGUUGACACUUCUCACUGAUCUCGUAUUUAUUUAUGUUGUCACAAAUCGAUUUUUCUUUACUGAGCUUUUGUUUUGCAUGGUAUCAUCUGUCAUACACUGGUCUUACAGUACAUUACCAAAGGUGACUUUAGACUAGAAUGUUCACUUUCGGCAUGUUUUCAUUUUGGAAUGGGCUGUUUACCUUUGCGGGGGGGAAAAUGAAUGCCAAGUUUGAAAUUCUCUUCAAGGAACCAUUAGUCCGGUUUUAAGUAUUUUCCCUAAACCCUUAAAUUGGAUGGCUGUUUUGCAGGAUUAUUGAAACAAAGCUGUUGUAUAGCCCAGGAAACACAUUUAAACAGGAACAAAUUUGCAAAAACAUAUUUCUUGCAGCAUUUAAAUCUUUUCAUUGCCCUGCUAUUAUUAUGAUCGUGUAGAAAGUGUCACCAGUGGUGACGUUUUUAACAGCAGCAAUGAAAUUCGGUAAAUAUGAUGCUGUUACAUGGUCACCCAUGAUAAACCUGUGGUGUUGAAAUACAUUUUUCUUGGAUUCAGUGUAGCAGGUUCCUUUUUAGUCAAUGAUUAUUAGUGCUCCAAAAGGUUGAGUUUAAAAAAAAGUCAAUAUUUUGCAAAAUACACAUCCUUGUAAAGAAUUGUUGAUGCCUUGAUUUGCACAUGCCUUCCUCUGUGAAAUGUACUUUUUGUUCAUGAUUUUUGCACAAAGCAUUUUCUAAGCAUCCGGAUGCAUUUUGUUACUGCACUAAACAGUUUUUCUGCUGUUAAUGUUUUUACACGUUGAUAAACUAGAAUUACCAUUUUUUUUGUAAUGUGUAGAAUUUAUUUCCUGCGAGCCAACACCAAUAUAAGAUGUGAUACCUUUUUCUUGUAACAAAGUUCUGUACAGUAGUGGGAGAGAAUCUUUAUUCAGCAUCACAUCUGAGCAAAGUUUUUUUUGCCCCUGAAAUAUACUGGUUUCUUUGCAGAGCAGAUAAAUCCAGCACUCAACUGUGUUUUGUUUGCUCAGUGAGUUUGUUCUUGGUCUUUUGAAAUGAAGCUAUAAUCAUUUGUAAAUGCAAUGCCGCUUACAUUAUCCAUAACAUUAGAGGAUUCCCUGGCAGAAUGCAGUGGGCAAGUGACUGAUGCAGAGACCUAACUUGUACAGUGAAGUUACCACCUGAUGUCCUUAAGUGUGGAGUCACCAGUUUACGUAGAAGUAUUCUGCAACAUUAACACCUGGCUUUAUUUUAUAUGGUGGGAAGUUAUUUAAAUAGUGGGGGAAAAUGAUGCCUGACAAACUGGGUGGUUUGAAAUAAUGCGCCAUGUUUCAAAUAUGUACUUUGUUGGUGAGUAUUUAUACACCAGUGAUUGAACACUAAAAUUAUUAGCUUGCCCAGUAACCCAUUGCAGUUGUGUGAAUUUGUUCAAAGGUUUCCUGUGAAGCCUCAGUUUCAGCAGCAUCAUUGGAGGAAAGGGGAAGGUAGAAUGAAUACAGAUGUCUGGUUUGUGCCUGUUUAUGGCCUGUUAGUCAAACAGCCUGCCUGAAUUCUGGAUUGGGAUGAUCAUGCACUCAUUUCCUUAGCCAUAGGGUUGGGUUUUCAAAUAAAACACAGCACAGUCCAAAGGAUAAAAGUAAUGACAGUAUGUUCAGUGUAAAAAGAAUCAUCUGUGCAAUUUCAAUAAACUACUUUUUUGCAAUAACAAGGUCAAAUGAGCAAGUACCAAUUUCCGAACACGCUGGAAUAGCUAUUUAGAUGUUCCUAAUCGCGUGAAAGUCGUUGUACUUCUGUUUUUUAAAAAAGAAUCCUUUUAAAGUCAACAAGGGUUGAUGCCUAUUUGUGACAUAGCAUUGAAUAUGUUUUGUAGGUAGUGUCUGAGAAUGCACUGAGCUUUAAUACACUCCCUAGUUUCUCAGAUAUUAGACUUCCUAAGUAAGAUACAGGCAAAAUCAAUUUUUGGAAAUGUCUACAUUUGAGACAUCCUCUGCACUGAUGCACUGAACUAUUUUAGUUUAUAAUGGGCAGCAAAGUUAACUGAUGCAUUGCUGAUUUCCAUUUCCUUGCUGUCCCUCAAACUCUACAGCAUAUUUAACUCUUCUUUCCCCUCGUUCAGUUUUAUGCUGGUUUUGACCUCCAGAGGUAUAACAUUUAGAUUUGCGAGAAUUUAAAAACAGCUAGAAGCUUGCAACAAAUUUUACAGGCAAUUCUCUUGGAUUUGUGUCAAUGGGCAUGUUGCAUUUGUGGAAGCUAAACAUAGCUUGAUUCUGUCCAUGGGUGACUGAUCUGGGUUAUAUUUUUCUGCUGGCUUCCAAUCUACAAGCAGGACUUGAGAGAAAAUGUAACAGACUUCAGAAACCUAUGUUGAACUUACUAAGCUGUUUAUUGACUGACUUAAUUUCAUCUUGGGAGUUUUGUGGGAGUUUUAGAAGUUGUAAACCACUUUUGACUUGAAUUCUGAAAAUAAAGAUACUUUUUACAAAA